AUGGGAUCUGUCGGAGUUCAUAUUGUGUGUGUGGCCCUCGGGCUCCUCGGCCUGAUCGGGAUCAUCGUGUGCUGCGCUCUCCCUCAGUGGAAGGUCACCUCUUUCACAGGAUCCAACAUUGUGACGGCACAGAGGUCUCAGCAGGGCCUGUGGAUGACCUGUGUGGUGCAGAGCACAGGCCAGCAGCAGUGCAAGAACUUUGAAUCCAUGCUGGUGUUGCCCUCUGACCUGCAAGCCGCCCGUGCCCUGACCAUCAUCGCCUGCAUGAUCAGCUUCCUCAGCCUCCUCAUCCUGUUCUGUGGCGCUGACUUCACCACCUGCGUCGAGAACGAAGAGGCCAAACCCAAGAUGAGCCUGGUGGCCGGGGUGGGCCUGAUGCUGGCCGGUCUCCUGGUGAUCAUCCCCGUCAGCUGGUCCGCACACGUCACUGUGCGAGAAUUCAACAAUCCCAUGUCGACCGGCUCUCCAAGUAUGGAGCUGGGAGCGUGCGUCUUUGUGGGUUGGGGGGCUGGCGUUCUGCUCCUCCUGGCUGGAGGUCUCUUGUGCUGCUUCAGCAGGCGCCAAUCAGGUGGUUCAGGGGGAACAGCCAAGUACUACAGCAACAGCGCUUCAGCCCCUAACAAAAACUAUGUGUAG